GCCACGCAUUUUGGGCAUGCAGGAGCGAGCCAAAUCCUCCAUUGUUGCUGCUGCUGCUUCUUCUUCCUGCUCCAAAUUUUAACCCCCCAUGGGCUCCGGCCGGCAGCCGGCCGGCAAGGACAAGAUGUUGAGCUGGCUCCGCUGCUUCCCGCACGACGGCACGGCCGCCAUGGACUCCGACGACGACCACCACCCCCACAUCAGGCAGGGCCCGCCACCGCCGGCCGCACGGCCCGCCGCCGCGAGGACGAUCACCUCCUCUUUCUCCUUCCGGAAGAAGCCCGCCGCCGCCGUCGACCCCGACUCCGCCGCCGAGCGCCGCAAGCGCUUCACCCGCACCAACACCACACUCCCCGACCGCCGCCGCCACUCCUCCGUCUCCGCCUCCGCCUCCGACGGCGGCGCCUCCGACGACUACAACCACAGCGUCGUCUCUGCGCGUUCCUUCUCGUUCGCCGAACUGGCGGCGGCGACCGGCGGGUUCAGCGACGACAACCUCCUCGGCUCAGGCGGCUUCGGCCGCGUCUACCGCGGCCGCCUCGCCGCCACCGGCGCCGGAGGAGAAGGGACGGCGGUGGCCGUCAAGCGGCUGGACCGCACAGGCCACCAGGGCGACCGUGAGUUCCUGGUGGAGGUGCUCUUCCUCAGCAGCCUCCUCCUCCGCCACCCGAACCUCGUCGGCCUCCUCGGCUACUGCGCCGACGGCAGCCACCGCCUGCUCGUCUACCGCCUCAUGCCCCUCGGCUCCCUCCACGACCACCUCUUCGUCCCCAGCUCCGGCGCCGCCCUCCCAUGGCGCGUCCGCAUCCAAAUCGCGCGCGGGGCGGCCAGGGGGCUCGAGUUCCUCCACGAGAAGGCGUCGCCGGCGGUCAUCUACCGGGACCUCAAGCCGUCCAACAUCCUCCUCGACUCAGGCUUCCGUGCCAGGCUCUCCGACUUCGGGCUCGCCAAGCUCGCUGGCAACAAUGGCGACGGUGACGACGGCGACCGGAGGAUGGGCACGCACGGCUACUGCGCGCCGGAGUACGUCCGAUCAGGGCGGCUCACGGUGAAGUCGGACGUGUACAGCUUCGGCGUCGUUCUCCUCGAGCUCAUCACGGGCCGGCACGCCGUUGACGAGGAGAGCAGCCUUGUCGGCUGGGCCGCGCCGCUGCUCGCCGGCGAGCGCCAUGACGAGCUGCUCGACCCGAGGCUCCAGCAAGGAGAGGCGGUGAACGGGAGAGAGCUCAAGCAGGCGGUGGCGGUAGCCGCCAUGUGCUUGCAGGAGGAGGAUGCACUCCGGCCAAACAUGUCCGACGUCGUCAUGGCGCUCAGCUUCCUCACCGGGGCCGGAGAAGAAGACGACGACGAGCAACAAGUAGCCUCAAGGAGAUGAUAUAAGAUUACACGCUUGAUUUGAUUCGAUUCAUCUGAGAGAGAACUAAGUUAUUCAUUAUGUGGCUUGCAUUGCGCAUGCUUGUACAACAAUGGAGUUGAUUAAAUUUUAAAAGGGGGGAUUCUUGGCUCAAAAUUUAAAUUA